AUGACCAAAACCCAAGCAAUUCAAUAUGCGCUAACAAAAGUUCCAGAGAUCCUGCCGUUGGAACAAGAUGAUGUAAAGCAACUCUGUGAAAAUAUUAUAAGCUCCAGCCACAACCCUGAAGCGAUUGCACAGGGAUUCUUAGAUAUUCUGGGUCACGAUGACUUGUCCUUUGAAUUUGUCAUGAAAUUCAAUGAGCUGUUGGGUGAGACUGAAAAGCCAGUGUCUCCAUCAGUCAAUGAAGCAAUUUCUGAACAAAUUAGCAAUCCUCCUUCUAGGACAACCUCUAAGACAAACCUGCGGAAUGAAAGGAAAAAAACGACAAAUUUAAAACCAGCUAACGGUCAAUUAGUGUCAGAUGUAAUAAAAGAACCUUCCAGAGCGAAACAAUCCAAACAACCGAGCAAACAAUCAAAAUCAACGAAAUCAAAAACCGUCCAAUCUCUACAAGAAAUUGAUGAUGCCGUAAGAUUCUUGGAGUUGGACGAAAAAAAUGUAUCAUCUUCAGGGAAGUAUAUCUGUAAUUGUCAAGGGUUGAGACAUCCAAUAUUCGAUAUUGCUCCCAACUGUUUAUCCUGUGGAAAAAUAAUUUGCAUUAAAGAGGGUCUUCAUUUGAAUAAUUGUUCGUUUUGUGGUACUGAGCUGAUUCCGAUUGAAGAAAGAGUGAAAUUGAUACAAGUAUUGAAAGAUGAAAAGGAGCAAUUGAAUGAAGAAACGGAAGCAAGAAAGACUCAACAGAAACAAGCUUCUAGAAAGCCAGUAAAAACCUACAAGAUAUCUUCCGGGAUGGGCAAGAACUUAUUUACUGAACAAGAUAAAUUGUUUGAUUUUAUAGAAAGAAAGAAGGAAAGAGAACGGAAACUUCAGGAAGUCCUAAAGGAUAAGGAACGACAUGAAGAGGAAAUCCGGAAAGCAGAUGCUAACAAACUAGAAGAGGAAAACAAAGACAAAGAUUUGAUAGCUGCACAAGACCGUUUAGAAAAACUAUUACAUUUUCAGGAUACCUCGGCGGAACGUACAAAAAUUAUUGAUAAUGCAAGCGAUUUUAGUAUGUCCGAUGAAGCAGGUCUAUGGGGUUCCGCACGAGAAAGGGCCCUAAUGCUAAAGAAGCAACAAAGAAACUUAAGGAAGUGGGAGAAGUUAGAGAAUGAAAGGAAUGGUAAACGUGAUAAGUAUGUCGUUAGCAUGGACAUUGGCCCCAAUGGUAAGGUUACUAUGAAGGAGGUUUCAAAAGAUAAAGGAAACGUUUUUGCUGGAUCUGAUGACGAAUUAGAUGAGAUAAGUGAUGAAGAAGAUGCAGAGGACUUACGCGCCAUUAAGAACCUGAAGAAGGAAAUAACCGAAAAUAAGGAGUUGGAGACUUCUGAGUUGCAAUCCAGUACUUGGGAUUACGAAAAAGACCAAAAGAAGUUCCAGCGUCUUAAGUAUGUUGGCAAACCCUCAUCUCCAGAUUCUGAGAAAGACGAAGAACCACCAACUAGCGAAUGGAAAUCAAGAGUACAGAUAUCUGCUGAUGAUAAAAAUGCAUUAGAGGAAAAUAUUCUUGCAGUUUUGUAG